GUGUUUAGGCAUCAGUUGCUCAUCGGUAUCCCAUCGAACAGUCGUAAACUACACAUUAUCAAAAAUGAAACUGAUUGUACUCGCCGUUGCCGCCCUCGUGGCCGUCGCCCUCGCCGCGCCCGCGGAACAGGACCCGCCCAAAAUCCUUCGUUCGGACUUUGAGGUUCAGCCGGACGGUGCAUAUGCUUACGCUUACGAAACCGAAGAUGGCAUCAAAAAGGACGAGAACGGUGAGCUUAAAACCGUAAAUGACGAGGAGAACAAACCCCAUGAAGUUGUGGUGGUGCGCGGUUCGUACAGUUACACCGACGCAGAAGGCAAACCCCACUCCGUCACCUACUACGCCGACGAGACCGGCUUCCACGCUGAAAGCGAAGACAUCCCCAAGGCACCAGCCCAGGCUUAAGCUUUCGACGUACACAACCAAACUCUAGUUACCUUGAGCCUGUUCUGAUUUUUAUUUCUUGUUCCGAAACUGUUAUGGAUUUCACCUGUCUGCU